AUGAGUUAUUGCAAAAGAGUGGGCAUGACCAGAAACAAUAAGUCCAACAUUGUAAAAGGACAAUGGACACUAGAAGAAGAUAGGUUGUUGAUAAAUUUGGUUGAACAAUAUGGAUUGAGAAAAUGGACUGAUAUUGCUCAGAAAUUGCCUGGUAGAAUGGGAAAACAGUGUAGAGAGCGAUGGAUUAAUCAUCUAAGGCCAGAUAUUAAGAAGGACAUAUGGAGUGAGGAAGAAGAAAAAAUAUUGAUGAAAGCUCAUGAAGAAUUGGGAAACAAAUGGGUAAAGAUUGCCAAAAGGUUACCUGGGAGAACUGAAAACUCAAUUAAAAACCAUUGGUAUGCAACAAAGAGAAGAGAAUAUUCAAAAAGAAAUUACCCUAGUGGAAGUACUCUUCUACAAGAAUAUAUCAAGAGCUUGAACUUAGACAAAAAUCCCCCAAAAGAGUAUACAAGAAAAUCUUCAACUAAAGCCAGUGACAGUGAGUAUUUGCUAACCAACCAAAGCACAAUAUCAGCUCAGUCUCAGAAAGCCAAUGACAGUCAGUGUUUGCUAUCAAGCGGUGAUUUUGAAGACGAUAUCCUAGAUAUUUGUUUCGAUGAUAAUUUGUUUCAAGAUGGGUGUAGUAUUGAUUCUCUGCUAGAUGAUAUGCAAAUUGUUGAAGAUACUAUGCUUGGAGUUGAUGUUAAGAAAGAGCUGGAUUUGAUCGAGUUUUUUUACUCAGGUCAAUGA